AUGCUAGAACAAGAAGCGCUACUGGGCCGCACCAAAGCUCUUGGAAGAGACCCAAACAAUGCGGCACCCAUAUUCGCUUCCAGGGGUAUUGGUAUACUGUCGAAAUAUGGACUGGACUCGGCAUCCUCCACGACCUCCCAGGAAGCUUUACGAUGUCUAGCCAAUGCCUUUCUCCUGAACGAGCCAUCACGGCAGGUAUUCGUCGACCUCGGAUAUGCUACGAAAGCUGUGGACCGACUCAAAAACGACAACGUGGACGACGAAUUUCUCAUCAGUCGCAUCCUCUUCCUCAUGACCUAUAACACUCAGCUAGACUUUCAGACGCUUGUCGACAAUCACCAGCUUGCAGAUAGCAUUAUCCAGCACAUAUCUCGACAUGCCAAGUCAUUCGCCAAAGGUAGCCAAUUCAAAGCUCCGGCGCCGCCAAUGCAAGAUGCGGCCAUGACAGAGACCCUCAAGCUCUUGUUCAACAUCACGUACUACCUUCCCGACCUCAUCGACACUUUCACUCCAGCCAUCGAUCCGCUGAUCAGCCUGGUCAUGCAUCAUCCUUUGGCUACGCCACCGCUUCAAGCACCCAUCACAUACAUACUAAAUGCACUCAUGAACAUGAACCUGCAGGGAGCCGAAAAGAAGACGCCGAUGGGCCGUGAAGCCAGGACAAGUCCGCUCUUCCCAUACGCCAAUCCCGAGUCUGUGGUUGAUAGACUGAUCUCGAUCUUCGAUAGCGCCAUCAAGAACCACCCUGAGCCAGAGCUGGACCAGGCAGCAGUUCCAUUAUGCACACUGAUACGCAGAGCGUACGAGUUGGCCAAUCCUCAGAUGCAAUCAUGGAUGCGCUGGAUCUUGCUGCCUAGGGAGAAGGACCGCGAUAAACCACUUGGUCAAGGAGAGAUGCUGUCGUCGCGACUACUACGCUUGUCAUGCUCACCGACAUUACCGACGCUUCGAGAGAACAUCUCAAGCUUGCUUUUCGAGCUUAGCGACAAGAGUGCAAACACAUUCGUUCGAAACAUCGGCUAUGGUUUCGCAUCUGGCUUCCUCAUGAGCCAUAACAUAGCAAUGCCCGCCAAUCCAGCUGAAGCCCACAGUCUUGGAAGCGAAGACGACACAAGCAGCGGUACUGAGGUCAACCCUGUCACCGGACAAAAGGUCAGCGCGGAGACUGUCCAGGAGGGCUCCGGUAUGGACGACAUGACUGAAGAGGAGAAAGAACGUGAGGCUGAGAGGUUAUUCGUUUUGUUUGAAAGAUUACGGGCUACAGGGGUUGUCGACGUAGAGAAUCCGGUGCAACAGGCUGUGGACGAGGGCAGGUUCGAGGAGCUACCCGACUAA